GAUGACGAGCGCCCGGCCGAUGAGUACGACCAGCCCUGGGAGUGGAAGAAGGAUCACAUCUCACGGGCGUUCGCAGUGCAGUUUGAGAGUCCUGAGCGCUCCCCCAGUCUGUCCCGACAGCCACCACGCCCCCCCCAGACCCCCCCCGGGCACGAGGCCGAUCUGCCCACCCAGCCCAGGGCACGUGGACACCUCGCUGCCCCUGGAGAAGCAAGUGUGGUACCACGGCCCCAUUGGGCGCGCGGGCGCCGAGACGCUGCUGGCACUGUGCUGCGAGGGCAGCUUCCUGGUGAGGGACUGCGAGACCAGCCCCGACGACUACUCGCUGUCACUCAGGAGCAGCCACGGCUUCGUGCACGUGAAGCUGACGCGGACACGGGAGCAGCACUUUGUGUUGGGCCGCGCUGGGGCCGCGUUCCCCUCCGUGCCCGAGGCUGUGCGGCAUUACACAGCGCGAGCCCUGCCCGUCCGCGGCGCCCGGCACCUCUCCCUGCUCUACCCUGUGGCUGCACAGCCACCCUGAGCCCCGCGGUGCCGGGGAGCCCCCCCACGUGUUCCCAUUAAAGGCUUUGGUACGUCUUGGGGCUGAACUCUAUGGUGUGUGGGGGAAGGGGGGU